GCGGCCGGCGCGGGGCUCGCUGAGAGCCUCCCCCGAGCGGGACCUCUGGACGGCGUCUUCCUGCAUCUCCGCCUCUGGCUUCGCGCCGGCGCUCUGUUGGUGAAAUUCUUCCCCCUCCUUCUCCUCUACCCCCUCACCUACCUGGCUCCCAGCGUCUCCACCCUCUGGCUCCACCUGCUUCUGAAAGCCACCGAGACCUCAGGCCCAACCUACAUCAAACUGGGCCAGUGGGCCAGCACCCGGCGCGAUCUGUUUUCCGAGGCUUUCUGUGCCCAGUUUUCCAAGCUGCAUGUCCGAGUGACCCCCCACCCGUGGGCUCACACUGAGCGCUUCCUUCGGCAGGCUUUUGGGGAGGACUGGGGGAGCAUCCUCUCUUUUGAGAACCGGGAACCUGUGGGCUCAGGCUGCGUGGCCCAGGUGUACAAAGCAUACGCCAACACUGCGUUCCUGGAGACUGACAGCGUCCAGAGACUUGGCAGGGCCUCCUGUCUGCCGCCCGUCCCAGAUGCUGGGGCAGUCGGGGGCCUGAGAGAGCUCUUUGGAUACCUUGGAAAUGGCCGGAAACCUCCAGGAAAUCUCGCAGACCAGUCGUUUCUAGAAAGGCUGCUCCUCCCUAAAGCUGACCUGGUUGGAUCAAACGCAGGGGUGUCUCAGGCUCAGGUCCCUGGCCACCAACUUGAGCCAGGUCACCUCAUCCCCGUGGCAGUGAAAGUGUUACACCCUGGCCUGCUCGCUCAGGUGCAUAUGGACCUGCUGCUGAUGAAGAUUGGCAGCCGAGUCCUCGGACUUUUGCCAGGCAUCAAGUGGCUUAGCUUGCCUGAGAUUGUGGAGGAAUUUGAGAAGCUGAUGGUCCAACAGAUCGACCUGCGUUAUGAAGCUCAGAAUCUAGAACACUUCCAGGUCAACUUCCAGAAUGUGAAAGCUGUCAAGUUCCCCACCCCUCUGCGCCCCUUUGUCACCAGGGAAGUCUUGGUGGAAACGUAUGAAGAGAGUGUGCCUGUGUCCAGUUACCAGCAGGCAGGAAUUCCUGUGGACUUGAAGAGGAAGAUCGCACGGCUGGGGAUCAACAUGCUCCUGAAGAUGAUAUUUGUGGAUAACUUUGUGCAUGCGGACCUUCACCCUGGAAACAUCCUGGUCCAGGGUGCCGACAGCCUGUCCUCGAGUCGGGAGGCGCAGCUGCAGCAGGCGGAUGUCUGUGACACUCUGGUGGUGGCCGUGCCAUCUUCCCUGUGCCCACUGCGACUGGUGCUGCUGGAUGCUGGCAUUGUGGCGGAGCUGCAGGCCUCCGACCUGAGGAAUUUCCGGGCAGUUUUCAUGGCUGUGGUGAUGGGGCAGGGCCAGAGAGUGGCUGAGCUGAUCCUGCAUCAUGCCCGGGCCAGCGAGUGCAGGGAUGUGGAGGGGUUCAAAACCGAGAUGGCCACGCUGGUGACCCAGGCCAGGAAGAACACCAUCACCCUGGAGAAGCUUCAUGUGUCCAGCCUUCUCUCCAGUGUCUUUAAGUUGCUGAUGACCCACAAGGUAAAGCUUGAGAGCAACUUUGCCUCCAUUGUAUUUGCCAUCAUGGUGUUGGAGGGGCUUGGCCGCUCGCUGGACCCCAAACUGGACAUCCUGGAGGCAGCGAGGCCCUUCCUCCUCACAGGCCCAGUGUGCCCUCCGUGAUGGGGCAGUGGCCUGUGUGGGCCUUUGUCAAGAGCUGGAGGCCACUUCCAAGAGCCUCUCCUAUGGCAGCUGGGAUGUUUAAAAUUGGGACACCAAUUUCAAAUGUGACCCUCCAGUGGUAGAAGGCACAUCUUGGCUUCCUCCGCUUGGUUUAAGGGUCUGUUCAAAAGCUUUGGGCCAAUUAGGGAGUAAAAGGAGGGAAGGGGCCUAUCCAUUCCAUUGUGGAAGCUGGGCCAGGUGCCAGGGACACUCUCCUUCAGGGAAAAUGUUCUGUGUAGGAGGACGAAUAAAUUUAUUUUGUUUUCCUGUUUUUCUC